AAAGCUUAAUCAAGUUAGGCUCGAACCCAAAUAAUUUAUUAUUUUUACAAAAAUGAUAUGAUGCAUUCUUUUGGUGGAAUGAUAUUUAUCACAAAUGUUACACAUCAUCUGUCCUAGUUCGUUGGGUGACAAAUUCAUAACUGUUUUUACCAAUUCUACAAGCCAAUGAACUAACUCUUUUUUUAUCAAAAAGAAAAAGAAAAAGAAAAACAACUCUUUAGAUCAAGUCCCGAAGAUCAAAAAGGUAGGCCAUCCAAUGAACACUCCCCUGUUAAAGUCCCUGCUCUCGUUGGAAUUCCCCUCCAAAACUUGCUCCCCAACCCACAUCUCCCGUCCGCGCCGUAAGCCCAAAAGAAAUGUCCAUGGAUCCCUACCAAUUCCUCCACAUCUCCCGCAACCCCGACGGCUCCCUCAGCCGAGCCAAUCUCAUCCCCAACUCUCCCCCCACCGGCGACCAACCCCUGGAUUCCGUCCCCGCCCUCUCCAAAGACGUCCCCCUCAACCCCGCCCACAACACCUGGCUCCGAAUUUUCCUCCCCACCCAAUCACCGCCUUCCCCCGAGAAGAAGCUCCCCGUCGUCUUCUUCUUCCACGGCGGCGGCUUCAUCCUCUUCAGCGCCGCCACCGCACCCUUCCACGACUUCUGCGUCAAACUAUCCGCCGACCUUCCCGCCAUCGUCCUCUCCGUCGAGUACCGUCUCGCCCCGGAGCACCGCCUCCCCGCCGCCUACGACGACGCCGUCGACGCCCUCCUCUGGGCCCGCGCCCAGGCCCUCGGCCCCGCCUCCACGGUCGACCCGUGGGUCGGCGCCCGCGCCGACUUCUCCCGGUGCUUCCUGAUGGGCAGCAGCGCCGGCGGCAACAUCGUCUACCACGUCGGCCUCCGCGCGAUGGGCAUGGAUCUGAACCCCCUAAAGAUCCAAGGGCUUAUCUUGAACCAACCCUACUUCGGGGGGGAAGAAAGGACGGAGUCGGAGGCGAGAAUGGCGGCGGAUCGGAUCGUUCCGUUACCGGCGAAUGAUUUGAUGUGGGAGCUGGCGCUGCCGGAGGGGGCGGACCGGGACCACGAGUACUGUAAUCCAGCUGCGACGGCGGUGCUGCCGAGGUGUCUGGUGAGGGGGCACGUUGGGGAUCCCCUGGUGGACCGGCAGAGGGUGUUUGCGAGAAUGCUUGAGAGGGGAGGAGUCAGCGUGGUGGCUCAUUUGAAGGAGGGGGGGCACCACGGUAUCGAGCUCUUUAAGCCAGACAUGGCAGAGGCGCUGGUGGCGGACGUCAAAACUUUCGUCUACUUGGACUCUGCUGCUCCGGCCGGAGGGGUUCAGGUUGGCGGGCACCGACUGUAGCUGUGAUUGACGCGGUCAUGGAGUCAAAGAAGAAGAAGAAGAGAAAAGUGUGAGAAGGUUCACUCUGUUGUAUUUUGAUUGUGCUCUUCGUUUUCUUUUCUUCUUUCUACUUCUGUUCUGGCGAUUGGGUUGAUGCUCCAAUAGGCCGCAGGCUAGGUGAGACUUGGAGCCCGAUAGUACUACAUCCGAACCUCUGCUUUUGUCCUCUCUAAGUUUCAUUUCAGGUUUCCUGAUGUUUUUAAAUAA